UAAAAGACAAGAAGAAGAAGAACGCCCAUUUUGCUCACACUGUCAAGGCAUCGCUGUGUGCUGAAAUAUUAACAGACAGAAGAGGACAAAGAGCUGCAAUGGACGGUGAUGUUGCAGUUGGUGUGAAGAGAGGCUCAGAUGAGCUCAACAUGUACGGUAGCAGCCCCAACUCUAUGACUGCGAACGGCAGUGACAGUAAGAAACAGCGUCUGGAUGAAUCCCCUCCCUCCAGAGUUCUCCACAUCAGGAAACUUCCCAAUGAAGUGUCAGAGACUGAAGUCAUUGCUCUGGGGCUGCCCUUUGGGAAGGUCACCAAUAUACUGAUGCUGAAGGGGAAAAAUCAGGCGUUUCUAGAGUUGGGUACAGAGGAAGCAGCCAUUACUAUGGUGAACUACUACACAGCUGUCACACCACAGGUCAGAAACACUCCUGUCUUCAUCCAGUACUCCAACCAUAAGGAACUGAAAACAGACUCAGCUCUGAACCAGAGGGCCCAGGCAGUGUUGCAGGCAGUGUCAGCAGUUCAGGAUGGAAGCUCACCGUCCUCUGACCCUGGAGUUUUGGACCUAGCUCCACCCCCCAGCCCUGUCCUGCGAAUUAUCAUUGACAACAUGUUUUAUCCUGUGACCCUGGAUGUUCUCCAACAGAUCUUCAGUAAGUUCGGGACCGUAAUGAAGAUUAUAACCUUCACCAAGAACAACCAGUUUCAGGCUCUUCUGCAGUUCAGCGACCCCGUCAAUGCACAGCAAGCUAAACUGUCUUUGGAUGGACAGAACAUCUAUAAUUCAUGCUGUACUCUGCGGAUAGACUUCAGUAAACUGGUUAACCUCAACGUCAAAUACAACAACGAUAAGAGUCGAGAUUACACCAGACCAGACCUUCCUACUGGAGAUGGAGAGUCGGCCAGCAAGGAUCAUUCUUUAUUGGGUACCCCAUCUGGAGCGCUAGCUUCCUACUCUAGUGGAGGAGGUUACUCAUCUUCUCUCUCCCUCUCACAGGGUGGAGGAGCCAUUAGUCCACUAAGUGCUGCAGCGGCGGCGGCAGCUGCUGCUGGUCGGGUUGCUCUGUCUGGGUCCGGAGUGUCAGGGGUCCUGUUGGCGUCCAACCUAAAUGAAGAGAUGGUCACGCCUCAAAGUCUCUUUACCCUCUUCGGAGUCUAUGGUGAUGUCCAGAGGGUGAAGAUCCUCUACAACAAAAAGGACAGCGCUCUGAUACAGUUGUCUGAUGGCAACCAGGCUCAGCUGGCUAUGAGCCACUUGAACGGUCAGAAGGUGUUUGGUAAAGUGAUGAGAGUAACGCUGUCUAAACAUCAGACAGUGGCUUUGCCCAGAGAAGGAUUGGAUGACCAACUACUAACGAAAGACUUUUCUGGCUCCCCACUCCAUCGCUUUAAGAAGCCAGGAUCCAAAAACUUCCAGAACAUCUUUCCUCCAUCUGCAACACUUCACCUCUCCAAUAUCCGGGAUGGAGUUGGAGAGGAUGAUCUGCGUCUUCUGUUCUCUAACAGCGGAGGAACCGUCAAGGCCUUCAAGUUCUUCCAGGACCGUAAGAUGUCUUUAAUCCAGAUGUCGUCAGUCGAGGAAGCGAUUCAGGCUCUGAUGGACCUUCACAACUACGACAUGGGAGGAAAUCACCAUCUGAAAGUUUCCUUUUCAAAGUCUACCAUCUAACCCUCACACCCAACUCCUAAAACUUAAGAUCUAUGACGAGCGAGGAAGUCACUACUAUUUGUCUCCUUUUCUACAUUUUCUGUUAACCUCUUCUGCGCCACCCCCAAACCUUUGAUUAAGCAGUACAAUAUUUAUCUCUGAAACGUUCAAAACUUCAAAUUCAAACUAAACCAUUUGAAAUAGUUUUCAGUUAAAAUACUGAGAGAAUCAAAAUUCCACAAAGGACAUUUUGUCAACUAGUAGAAGCAGUACGUGCUUCAGUCCUGGCCCAAAGGCACUUUUCUGGGUUUUACCACCAGUGGUUUACCUUCUGACCUUGCUGCAGUAAUGUAAAAGUGUACUCUAGGGUGAGUCAGUACACCUUGACAUCACAGUAGGGUGUGGUUAUUAGUGCAAUAGAACACUUCUGAUCACAACCGUCAGUGAUGCUGGUUGAAUCCUUCAAUCAUAGAGGUUCAGUAAACAGUGCUUUUCAGCCUGCUGUCACUCUAUAGAGCAGUUUUAGUUCUUAAUUGACUCUGUAUCAUCUAUAUCAUUGCUAAGUGCAGAUAGCUGGGUUUUUUUGUUUUUUUGUUUUGUUUUUUUGUUGCUCUGCCCAGUGAUCACCUGUCAGUGUCUCCUUUCCUUGCUUUUUCUGUGGAGGUUUACGUUCCAUUAAUUAAUGAUCUGUUAUUUUUAUAUACAUACAUUGUGUCGCGAUUGUAGUCAUGUGACUCCUCUUUCCUUUCGUGGUAGGCAGUCAACAGCUGCCAUCAAAUCAGGAUGUCUUUUGAACUGUUCAGUUUCUGACACACACAUUCUCAGUGUGCUGCUCCUCCAAAUCUCAUCCUCAUCAAUUGUGCACUUCGGUGCUCUCAAAAUCAAAACAUACGGAUAUCUUGGACAUUUUGUUCUAAUCUACAAGCUUAAAAGAGUUGAUGUGGUUUAAGUGUGAUUCACACUGUUCUCUCAUCCGCAAUGUAAAUAUGACCUGUUUUACAUUACCAGCACCCAAUGAUACUUUGUAGGCAUUUUAGCAACCUACACUAAACAGCUUGUAGCUUUAACACAGAUUCACUUUAAAUGUAGUUUAAAUGCCAGACAUUAACUAAAUUUUGAGGACUUAAGUACACAGAAGUCCUCUAAGAAGCUAUUUCUAUCGAGAGGCAGCUUUUCUUAACUGGCGUACUUCCUUGCUGUUGUUCCCAUAGCCGAACAAUCACUUUAAAUCUGUUUAUUCAUACAUGACUUGAUCAAAAGUAUCAAGUUCGUCAUGGAGAUGUUUAAUGGAAUCCUGGGAAAUGGGAACAGUAAUUUGCCGAGGACAAUUGAAUACCCCUGAUGUCUCCUUUACAAAAUAACUAGGAAGGUAUUGACAUUAACAUGUUGCUGACAUGAAGUAAUACUUUGGAUCCAAAGUUGGAGUUUCCUUAAUGAGUUGACCCUUCCUAAGUCCCGCCCCUUUUCACACAGGUGAGCAACCUUGGUCAACUUUCUCCUCUCCUGUACUUAGAUAUGCUAUGUGCUAGGCUAAUCAGUGUUGAAAAGACAACCAAAUUUUAUAGAUGCUUAAAAGACAAAAACAACAUAGAUAGAUAUGUAUAUGUAUAUGUAUAUGUAUAUAUAUAUAUAUAUAUAUAUAUGUAUAUGUAGUCACAGCUGAAGUUACGUAGCUAAUGUUAGCAAAAUGCUAGCUAACCAGCUAGCUAAUUUACAUCAAUUAUGUUGCUUUUAUCUUUUAACCAUUUACAAAAUUUGGUUGUCUUUCCAACUUAUAUUAGCCUAGCACGUAGCAUAUCUAAGUACAGGAAAGGAGAAAGUUGACAGAGGUUCUGACCGAGGUUGCUCACCUGUUAUUGGAGCACAGAGCAAAAAGGAUCGGGACUUAGGAAGGAUCGAUAGAGCUACCUUUGAUGAUCCUGUUUAAAUGCCAUCCCAGUCUUUCAUAAACCUUUGCUGUGAGUGGUUGCACACACACAUACACAGGAUGCAUGCAAAUGCUGUCUGUUUAGACAAGGUUUCAACAUGUGAUUCUGGUCUUGGUCUCUGAUUUUGGGGGGAGACCUGUUGGGACCAAAGUACAUGUGCCUUUAGUCUAAUUUGAUCUCUUCUGUCUUUAAACAGAUUAUUUUACUGGUAAUGUUUGUUGGUUUUGUAUUGUAAACCCUUAGAAACAGAUUAUUUUUGUUAAUUAUUUUUAAAUAGAAGUGAACCCCGUCCUCCCAGUCCUCUGUUUGUCUUAACAAUGUGAGCUUAUUUGUCAAGCAGAGAUGCACAGAAAACUGGGUCGCUGUUUGAACCGGGGUUAUCUCCAAAGUGGGUUUUUAUUUUUCACUCAUCUCUGGUUCUCACUUACUGCUGUUUUUCUUUUAGGAGAUUGUUGUAAAUUUUCUACUUGAGUUAAUUUUAUUUUGUGGUAAGAUUUCAGAUUGGCCCAAAUUAAACGUGUCUUUUCUACCAACAAGCCCAAGUUAAAUUGUGUGUGUGUUUGUGUGUGUUGGGACUAGGUUCAGGCCUCCACUCUCAUCUGUAUCUUACCUGUCAAUAAACUUCUCUCACUCUG